UUCCAGUUCCACGACCGAGCCACCUGCUCCGUCACGAUGUCCCUCCGUAAAACCCUAGCCGUCGCCAUUAAACCUCCGUCCUCGCCGUCUUCCGAGCCCACGAUCACCGCCUCUGAUCUCAAGGUUUCGGGUGUUCCCCGUCCUUCUUCCGGAAUCACGUUUCGAUCCCGCAAAAUCCGGAAGGUUUCGUCUGUUCCCGUUGAUUCGUCGCUGAAAACCAGGGCGUACCCUCUCUCGUCCCAAUCGUCGAUCGAUCUCGCUCUGCGCCAUCUCCAGUCCUCGGAUCCACUUAUCGCGACCGUGAUCGGCGCGCACAAACCGCCGGUGUUCGGUUCUAGCAGUCGGCCAUUUCUUUCCCUCGCAAGGUCCAUUAUCUACCAGCAACUCGCCAUCAGGGCCGCGAAAUGCAUCUACGAUCGGUUUCUCUCUCUAUUCGACGGCGGAGAAGUAGGCGUCGACCCCUCCGCCGUACUCUCGCUCUCCACCGCGCAGCUGCGUCAGAUCGGCGUCUCCGGCCGGAAAGCGAGCUACCUCCACGACCUCGCCGAGAAAUACAUAAACGGCGUGCUCUCCGACGCGUUGAUACUGGAGAUGAGCGACGAAGAGCUGAUCAAUCGAUUGACGGUGGUGAAAGGGAUAGGAGUUUGGUCGGUACACAUGUUCAUGAUAUUCUCGCUGCAUCGGCCUGAUGUUUUGCCAGUCGGAGAUCUGGGAGUGAGGAAAGGCGUGAAAGAUCUGUACGGGUUGAAAGAGCUUCCGGGUCCGUUGCAGAUGGAGCAACUCUGCGAGAAAUGGCGUCCGUACAGGUCUGUCGGGUCGUGGUACAUGUGGAGGCUAAUGGAGGCUAAGACUUGUUCGAUCAGAAAAUCGGCAGUAGCAGAGACUUCCCUCGAACCGAAUUAAUAUUCAUCGAAGGAUGGGAGUGCCCGAAGUGUGUGUUUGUCUAACGAAGAGGAAGGUCUACUCUGUCUUUCUGCUUCAGUUGCUUCAUCAGAUGCAAUAUUUGCUACAAUCGGGCAAAUAACUCAACUAUACCAAAAGUGUCGCACGAAUUUAUCGGAUACACCGCAAAAAAUAUAACACAUUAAUUUUUUUUUCGAAAAUAUUAUAUUACCUUUAAUAAAACCGUGUAAUUAUAAUUACAAAGUCGUAA